CAUCACUGAAAAUGGUCCGCUACUCACUCGACCCAGAGAACCCGACUAAGUCAUGCAAGUCGAGGGGCUCCAACCUUCGUGUUCACUUCAAGAACACCCGUGAGACCGCCCAGGCCAUCAAAGGCAUGCACAUACGCAAGGCUAACAAGUACCUGAAGGAUGUGAUGGUGAAGCACCAGUGCGUUCCUUUCCGCCGUUACAAUGGUGGUGUUGGCCGUUGUGCUCAGGCCAAGCAGCAUAACUGGACUCAGGGACGUUGGCCCAAGAAAAGCGCAGAGUUCCUGCUCCACAUGCUGAAGAAUGCAGAAAGCAAUGCUGAGCUCAAGGGUUUGGAUGUGGACUCUCUGGUGAUUGAGCACAUCCAGGUGAACAAGGCCCCAAAGAUGCGUAGGCGUACUUACCGUGCCCAUGGACGCAUCAACCCCUACAUGAGCUCCCCAUGCCACAUCGAAAUGAUCCUCACUGAGAAGGAACAGAUCGUUCCCAAACCAGAGGAGGAGGUGUCUCAGAAGAAAAAGGUUUCUCAGAAGAAACUGAAGAAGCAGAAGCUUAUGGCUCGGGAGUAAAUGUAAAUAAAGUCCAACGUUCGUACUAC